AUGUACACACCACCGGAGGGAGUCACAAUUCUUAGUUCACCUGAGGAGAAAGAGACGAAGAAGAGAGAGGAGGAGGACUUGGGAAUGCUUGGAGACACUGGCUGGCAUCAGCUAACGAACAACGAGGACUGUACGCGGGAUUCAACUUACGCCCCAACGUCGCCAGCCUUUACGUCCCGGUUCUAAGGUGGGACCUCACUGAUUGACAAGGAAUUGAGGUCCCCCAAAUUACCCUGUCUAUUCAAGCUACGCUUGCCAACCGGUGGAGACUUUCUGGCUUGCAGCAGAUAUGACCAAAAUCAGCGUUCUUAGAACCGAUAAUAACUGAGGCCCUCGUAAGAAAACGCGUCCAUCGAAUCAAGAAGGUACGUUAGAAGGCUGUUCCUGAUAUCGCGCAGCCACCGAGUGCCAGUACUGUCGAGUACCCAAUGUUGUAUGGGAAGCAGCCUACAUGACGCCCGAAUGCCAUUCUCUAGCUUCUGACUCUACAAACCAGAUAGGACGAUCGACAAGGAUGAGGAGAUCGUUCCAUCUACUAUCCCCAGUAAGCAAUACGCAGAUGCGUGAGGCAGGGGAGUGCGGUAGAUGCUGCGUGAGUCCUCCACACCAUAAACUAAUUCACGCAAUCUGCGAGCCGCUGUCGGACGGACGCUCCGGGUCUGAGAUUACCUGAGCAGAAGGCAACAUGUGAAAAAUAACUUUGCACUCUAAGCGGCUUGUCCUGGGAGUCAAAGAUGAUGGGGAGAUCGAUCUCUCGCUCACUUGGCGGAGCAGGCAUGACACUUUAUGAGGACGCGAUUCAACAGGAACAGUAGGUGGGCUAACUCAUGAGAUGUCAAUCGAAGUUCCGAAAUGCGGUUUCGUUUCCAAAAGAUUAAUCAAGUAGCGUUGCAAAACUAUCCAUCCUGCAUCAUAAUUCUAUAAUAUGUUAGCUACCUCUGGUGGCCGGAUUUCGAAUGAACUUCCUUCCGACUGCAUGCAAAAACUGCACUCUAUAAAAAAACGACUAUCUGAGUAGCAUGAAAUUUUCUCAUUGAUUUUCGAUGCUCCUGAAAGUCCAAUUAUAUUUCAUAGAAAACAUGCAUAAAAAUAUUCAUUCUUUUACUCAUUCGGUAGAUAAUUAAAUCUUCUUAAAAUUUUAUACUCGAAGGACGGACCACACAUUUCUCUACGGUAAUAAGGGGGACCAUAGAGGGUUCAUAAAAUUUAGCAGUGGAUUUGAUCCAUAUUGUUGACAUUACAAACCACAUUGGUAAAUGUAGAGAUAUGACGAUUUAAGAACGACCAUUUCACGGUAUUUAAAAGUCUCACAAUUAGAAACUUUUUUAAAACCAAAUUAUGUUCCUCCUUCGAGCCUAAAAUUAGAGAAAGACGUAAUUCUCUACCGAAUGAGCGGAAGAAUGAAUAUUUUUAUGCAUGUUUUCCAUGAAAUAUAAUUGGACGUUUAGGAGCAUUGAAAAUCAAUCAGAAAAACUCAUGCAACAUAAGUAGUCAUUUUUGCACAGAGUAUGGUUUCUGCAUGCAGCCAGAAGAAAGUUCAUUCGAAAACCGGCAUCCUGAGGUAGCUGAAUUAUUAUAGAAUGAUACUACAGACUAAUUGGUUUUACAACCCUACAUAAUUAAUCUUUUCGAAACGAAAACGCAUUCGGGAAUUUCAGUUGGCAUUUCCUGAGUAAACCCACCUACAGUAAGCACCAUGGCUAGGCGGAACGAUGUUUGGAUAUCAGGCCGACCCAAACCACGAUGGGAGGCUCGCGGCUGCUUACUCAUCAGGUGUGCCGCACUUUGUUUGAAAGUGAUUUAUACAUGUGGGGGAGGAGGAAGAUAUCAACAUCCGCCCUCAUUGAGUCACCGAAAUAAAGAUAUGGAAGAACUACAGUCAGUGACCGAUCUCAUGAAAUGCUGAUCGAAAUUCUGAAGUUUUUUUGAUUAGGAAGGAUUUCUUAAGUGGGGAUGAAACAUUGGUCAUAGUGAGGUAUAAUCCCAUGGUAUUUCACACUCGCCAGGAUUCCGGCUUUUGAAUGUACUCCCUUCUGUCCAUCCGCGAAAACCGCACUCGGUAAAAAAAUGACUAGUUAAGUCAUGUGACCUUUUUCGAUUAAUUUCCGAUGCCCUUAUAAAUUAAAACAUAUUUCCUAUAAAAAAAUGCAUAAACAUAUUAUUUCUUGUGCCCAUUUAGCAGCAAACUCUCCGGUUUGACACGCGAAUAGUCAUCGCCUCGAACUAAAAGUGACCUUGAGUUACAUUCCAGGGGAUAUUUUUCCUCGUGUCUUGACUUCAAAGUUCAAUCUCAAACCUUACCCCUGAAAUUUAGCGGUGGAGCAUUGUGGCUGUGCUAAAACCUUGUCCUUGUUGUCGUGGGUUCGAAUUCCAUCGGGUCCGCCGAGUUUUUUUCGCUCCCUUUAUUAGAUGUUCUUCUAAGCAGGAGACCUGACGGGAGUGUCUGAAGAAGCGUCUACCGGAAGAAAACCUGGUCUAGACAAUGCCCGAAAUUCGCCGGUUUCAUACUCCUAUAACAAAAACGAGAUCUAGUCCAAUGUUUGGCACAAAAAGCUGGAAAAAUGUGCUCGGCAGAUAGCAUCGAGGAGGAAAUUAGAAAAAUCGAGGACUUCCUUCGCGAAAACGCGUAUCCUGACAGGUUUAUUGCAAAGACCAUUGCCGAACGACCGAUAAAACCCACCACACCGACUACCGAAAAGAAAACUUUGUUCCUCAAAGUCCCUUUCCAAGGGGAUUCUGCGAGUGAACUCCUAAGGAGACGCCCUGAUCAAGCUGUCUCGCGAACCUUCCCAGCAGCAAGUGUUCAAAUAUCAUUUUAUACUAACCCUACUUUACACGGAGAAGUUAAGUAUAGGUUGCCACCUCAGACCACCUCAAUGUACAUCUAUCCCCUCACUUGCUCCGGUGGAGUAGGUUAUAUUGGUCGCACGAGUCGGCGCUUAUCCAAGAGAAUACGGGAACACCUCCCGGCAUGACGGGGAAAAGACGAAACUAGGAGCAUAAGCAGCGCCGUUUUCGCGCAUGUUGUCGAUUCUGGACAUCGUGUGGAUCCCAACGAAGCUUUUCGUGUGAUCUAUAAGGUCCCAUCGAACUAUCCUAAAACACUGGGACAGCGCCAGUUAACCACAGCAGAGGCGGCCGCCAUGAGGUUGCGAAAACCAAUCUUGUGCGCAGAGAAGAACCACGUUCAGGCUCCGCGCCUACAGCGGUCGAAGGUCGACUAACGUUGCAACUCUCCCCGCGCCCUUCCGUUCUUACCCCGCCCCUGACAGUGACUGCUAUAACCCCCCACCCCCCUACCCCACAGUCCCACACCCAGCCUGUGUUUUAAGGCGAACAUUUAUCGAUUUCUGUUAUCGCUGAUAUGUUUUACUUCUACCCCGUUCCCAUAUAACUGUACUGGCCCGACGAGAAUUUAUCAAAAGCUGCUUAUGCUCGGCACCUCGUCUUCUGACUACUGCUAUGGGAAUUUUCGCAACUCUUUCACAACUGAGUCAGAUGAACUAUUCAACUCCGCCAAAAAUAUCAGUUAAUUAAAAGACAACGACAUAUGCAGCUGUUUGAAGUGUUUUAUUAAUUUAUAGGCAUCUCUUUUUCACGUGAGAUCCAAACCGCCCUUACGAAAGCCUGGGGCCUGGCCUGGUUGUGGGGGCCAGGUGCGUGUACGGCCCCCCAAGACGGUCUGCUUAACUUUCUCAAUCGUUGCGUCAGCGCCUACCUCCGGUCGUUUUGUAUUGCUACCAGAGUAGUAGGUGAUGAGAAAGAGGGUGCGGUAGAUGCUAGAAAAGCCUGCUGCAUCAUGAACUAAUUUUCACGCAAGUCAUCGGUACUGAGCCCAUUUCGUGGUUCACUCGGGUGACGCCGACGGUCGUCAGGAUGGAAUUGUCGUUGUGUCUGGAAGCUCAAUGAGCCAAUGCAAGGUCUUCGCAGACGUAAGUUCACUUAGCCCUAAAAUCCGCGUCAGCAAGAGCUGACGGGCCGCAGAAAGAAAAGGCCGGAGAGGAGCAGAUGUGCUGCACUCUAAAUUAAGGCACGAAUGCGGGAAACGGACGUCAAAACAGGAAUUGAGAGAGCAUAGAUAGCCUCCAAUGCCUCAUAGUCGAACGGACGCUCUGGGUCUGCGGUUAGUUUAGAAGAAUGCAAAUUGCAGGGGCUCGCCCUGUGAGCCAAAGAUAGGGGAAUAUCGAUCAUCCGCACAGUCAGAAGAGGCUCUGAUGGCUUAGUCGGUAAGGCAUUCGACGCGAAUUUCAGAAGGUGGAAAGUUCAAGUCUCCCUCGGGGCGUACAUCCUUAGGCAAUUGUGAUUUUUUGGAUGUUCAUAGUAUGCCUGUUACUUACUACUUUGAAGUUUAUCGGAAAAUAUCCCCAAACCCAAGGGAGGGAACGAAUCGAAACUGCCAGCGUUGAAGAAACCUGCCUUCCAUUCAAAUAUGCUGGUGUCACCAGCGUGAUCAACCGAAGGCCCACCGGCUCCGCGCCGGCCGCAUGCUUGACUAGCUUUCCCAGGUUGCUUAUCAGGUAUCACACCUGACUUUUUAAAAGCUGUUUACACGGAAAGACAAAGAUGAUCAGAAGUUGAAUAAGAUAUCUCGAGACUUGACGACAAUAUUAAGUCCUGUCCCGUUCACGGUUUUCGUUUUGUGCUCAUAAAUUAAAGGAAGUAGAUUUAAAAAUAAAUUGUACUUAAACAUAGGCAGUAGACAAAAAGAAAGUCGUAAAUCCACAAAAUUCCCAGAAUGAGAAGCGUAUGUACACAGCCCCAGAUAAGGGCCGGUCGAGGGUAAACGCUCAUUUCUGUCCUAAAGUCAGGACAGAUCAGAAAGCGUCGUUCUCAUAUGACAGCAAGCUAUGACCCACAUCGACAAGAAUAAACCAAUGUAUAUACUCACACGGGAGUGGUGCCCAUUGAUCUAUUCUGACCGUAUAAUGGGAAAAAUAAUUUCCGGUUUGCAGUGGACUCCGACCACAAAGUUCUCAGCGGGACAGUGCUUGGUUUAAGCACAUUUGACUUACUGACCAGGACCCAAAUUCUAGGCGUUAGACCGAAAUUGGGGCAUUACAAGGCGAUGAGGGAAACUGUCAUUUGGAGAAGAAGAAGAAGAAGAAGAAGAAGAAGAAGAAGAAGAAGAAGAAGAAGAGGAGGAGGAGGAGGAGGAGGAGGAGGAGGAGGAGGAAGGGCUCACCGAUGAGCCCAUCUUCUUCCUCAAAUCAUCAACCCGAAUCUCUCAACUUCGCCAAUCUGAAAUGAUCAUCCCCGUAACCUUAAUCCAUUAUUACCGCCGAUGCCCACCAUCUGCUUUACAGCAUGGUGGGCGAAAGGACGGCGCCUUUUACGUGGAUUAG